AUGAGUGAAGAAUUGAAAGACACUUUUGAUGGUUAUUUAAUGUUUGACUUCUCUAAUUUUCAUGGUUUGAUGGCUUAAACAUUUGACAAUGAGGAGAUUGACAUUCCAAGAGUAGAAAAACAACCGAAAAGAAAAGCAUAUAACAUUCCUGGUCCUUAUCUAGAUAGUCCUCCAAUUGAAUUUGAACGCAGCGGCGAUUGUAGUGAAGGAAUUUUAUUUAAUGGAUAACUGGGUGAAGACGAUAUUCCAGAGGUUAAUUUAGAUGAAGAUUGCUUAUCAAAUUUCAAUUAUUCCACUUCUGGGUUCAAUUUAUUAGCGAACCUUGAUUUUGAACCUGAUGAAGAUGCUUAUGAUAAUGCUAUUAACGCUACAAGUGAACCGAACUCUUUACAUCAUCGAAAUUCUAAAAUAUCAAGAACCAAAAAGAUAUCAAUUUUUUCUCCUACUCUACAAUUUGAUGACAAUGUUGAUCAAAAAAUAUAAAUGAUAACUUUGCAGAAUAUGGAAUUAUUAAAAAAAGAAGAUCAUUAUGACAUUGAUGAUUUCUAUAAAUUUCUUACAUCCUUAGAUUUCUUGAAUGUUUCUAAUCAGAAACAUAAUGAUGAUUUGAUGAAAGUCGACUAAUUAUUUCAUUUGGUUUAAAUAAGAUAAUUUUUUGAUAAGAUGGUCGUGAUCUUAUUUUAAAAGACUGAUUAAUCACAUUCCAUAAGCUACACUUCUAAAUUGGACUCUUUUAAAGAGAAAAUGGAUCACUUCAUUAAUCUAGUUCAAUAUAUGGUUGAUGAUGGAACAUAUAGACAGAAAUCUUUGAGAGAUCAGCAUGUCUUUAAAAAAGAUUAUACUCUAACAAUGUCAGUAGCAUUUUUUAAGGGAUUAGAAAUUAUCUCUUUAUACAAAUCAUUGUUGAUGCAAAAAAAUAUGCAAGAUAGAUUAAAAAAAUAUACAACAGCAAAGAAGAAUUUACAUUCAUAUUGGAGAUUGUGGGGACUUAUCAAAGAAUUUGAGAUUUCUUUCGUUUAGAAAAAUAUUCAAAAGUCCCCUAAUCUUACAAAUUCUACCUUAGGCAACUAAAAAGAAUCAGUUGAAUUAGCAAUUCUAGAUCCACAUGCAAAAAUUCAGAUUGCAAGAAAUAAAGAUAAUAAUAAUAAAAUAUCCUUGUAAGGCUUUGAUAAAUAUCUAAAUAAACCUUGUUUAAAAAAUACUAAUUAUUGUUUUGCAGGAAAAUGGAAUCAGAAAAAACUCCAAACUAGUCAAUAUUCAAUCUAUUAUUCUAAUAACUAAUCAGACUAAUUGGAUUAUUGA